AUGGAUUCUGGUAGAGGUCCACCCAAAAGGAUUAGAGGAAAUCACCAAUCUCCUAGUACAUUGGCAAGUUCUUUUAAUGGGAUUGCUAUGAGGGAUAAUGCAACAUUGUUAUCUCAAAUUCACUUGCUCGAUCAAGUAGGACAACUUGGUAAUUCAUGGAGAAGGCCCGGUCAAUCAAUUAUGGUGAAUAACGGUAAUAGCCAUUUAGUUCCUGAAAACAAUUUGGUGCAACACUUUUGGCCAACGCCUCAUAUACAAGGUUUGGUUAUGGGUUUGGGGUGGGAUGGCGUUGCUUUAAAUGAGGGAGUGCAAAACCGUCUUGACGGUGUUGCUUUAAAUGAUCAAAUGCAAAAUCUUCUUGACAUUAUUGAUUUAGAUUAUGAUGAAGUGGAAAUUCUGCUUGAUCAACAUCAAGACAUGCGCCUGGACAUGAACAACAUGUCUUAUGAGGAGUUUAUUGCAUUGGGUGAGAGGAUCGGUAGUGUGAGUACUGGUUUACAUGAGGAAAGAAUUACGGAUCAACUAGAGACAAGAGUCUACAUCCCAUACCCUAAUUGUACUAAUUUGGAGGAGUUACCUUUUAACGACAAAGAAAUUGUUGUUUGCACAAUAUGUCAAACUGAAUUUGAAGACCAGGAGAAGAUUGGAAUCCUUCAAUGUAAGCAUUAA